CCCGCGGCCAUUUUGGGUGAGGGCAGAGGAUGGGACACGAGCCUCCUUCCCCGCCCGUGAGGGCAGCGCCGCGCCAAGAUGGCGGCGCGCCGCCAGCACCCAGCAUGGCGCCCGAGCCCGCGGAUGCCGCUCAACCCCGCGGCCAGCACCGCGCCAGCGCCGGGCCGCUCCGGCCGCGCCGCAGAUGAAGUGCGAGAACUGCACCAAGAAGGAAUGCAGUAAAAAACAGAAAAAUGAUGAUACACAAAGUGCAUCUGUUGAUGCAUUGAGUUCAAAUGAUGGCUCUGAAGAGAAGAAUGAGUUUGAUACGUUGGCUAAUGCUAAAAUACUCCUUAGCGACUGCCUAGCUUGUGACAGUUGUAUGACUUUGGAAGAAGGAGCCAGAGUUUUCCAGCAGAACCAGAAGGAGUUCUUUCGUGUUCUCAACCUUAAUAAGAAAUGUGAUACCUCAAAACACAAAGUGUUGGCAGUGUCUCUAUGCCCUCAGUCAUUGCCUUAUUUUGCUGCUAAAUUCAAUCUCUCUGUGAAUGAAGCAGCCAAGAGACUCUGUGGUUUCCUCAAAAGUCUUGGGGUGCAUUAUGUGUUUGACACCACUAUAGCUGCAGAUUUCAGUAUCCUGGAGAGCCAGAGGGAAUUUGUGCAGCGCUACCAACGGAGGAACCAGGAGGAACAUGCCUUACCAAUGUUUGCCUCUGCUUGCCCUGGUUGGAUCCGUUAUGCUGAAAGGGUUCUCACCAACCUGGUGACCCCUCACAUCUGCACUGCAAAGUCUCCUCAGCAGAUCAUGGGCUCCCUGGUGAAGGGCUACUUUGCCAGGCAGCAGAACUUGUCUCCUGAUAAAAUUUUCCAUGUAGUCGUGGCACCUUGUUAUGACAAAAAGCUGGAAGCCUUGAGGGAAGAUUUCUACAAUGCCUUGUAUAAUUCAGCAGAAGUUGAUUGUGUCCUGACAUCAGGUGAAAUUGUGCAAAUAAUGGAACAGAAAAAUGUGUCAAUGGAAGAUGUGACUGAAGUAGCUGUGGAUAGUUUGUUUGAUGACUUAAAGGAGGGAGAUGUAGUGAGGCACGAAGGGAAGAGAUCUGAUGGUUACCUGGAGCACAUUUUUAAACAUGCUGCAAAGGAGCUUUUUGGCAUGGAUGUCAAGGAGAUCACCUACAAAGCACUGAAGAACAAGGACUUCCAAGAAGUUACCCUUGAAAAGGAUGGGGAGACAGUGCUGCGUUUUGCAGCAGCUUAUGGCUUCAGAAAUAUCCAAAACAUGGUCCUGAAGCUGAAAAAAGGAAAGUUUUUCUACCAUUUUGUAGAAGUCCUUGCCUGCCCAGGAGGGUGCCUCAAUGGAAAGGGCCAGGCCCAGACUGAGGAUGGCAAACCAGACAGAGCCCUGCUUGCCCAGAUGGAAGAGGUGUACUCUGCAAUUCCUGUCAGGCUGCCAGAAACCAACCUGCACGUGCAGAGGAUGUACCAGGACUGGCUGGAGGGCAUGGACUCCACGAAGGUGCAGGACACUCUGCACACCAGCUACAGUGCAGUAAAUCAGAGCACCAGCAGCUUGGACAUCAAAUGGUAACACUGCAAAUGGUAACUGGGGCUGCAGGGCAGCUCUGGGACCUCUGUGCACUGAGCUCUGCCCAGCUGGGGUUGUUUUGGGAAGAAACAUUGCUUUGCUAAACCAGACAAGUCUCCAAAAGCCCUGGUUCCUGCCUCUGUCAUUUAACUUGUACUGUUUGUCAUUUCCUGCAUACAGAGGAUUUCUGCAUUUUAAAAUCUUGCAAGGUACAUAAACCCUUUCUGCCAGGGACAGGGAGUGGAAUUCCUGAUCAAGUUUCUCCCUGAAGUAAAGGUUCACUGCAUGAAAGGGGCUCCUCCAAGAGGAGAUGAGAUGAUUUUACUUCUAGGUCUGCAGUCCCUGUCAACACAGGAAUUUCAGUGUUGAUGCAGUUGGUGUGAAGUCAUUUGGGAUUUGCUUACCUUGGUAAGGAAAAAGCCCUUUUAAAGGACAAGUGAGUAUAUGGAGAGAUGCAAUGAAUUUUUAUAAGCCUUGUAUCCAUAAUUCAGCAAAAAAUAGUUCCAAACUAGGCACCAUUUCUUACUGAUGUAGUGUCACAAUCUUCACAGCAACUCAAUCUGGGAAGCCAAUGCUAAAUGGUUCAUUUAAAAUAGUUCCAGAUUGGUUGGUUGGUACAAAAAGAGAACUUUCUUCCCAUGCAACUUUUCUGCUAAGUUUGCAGCCAGGAGUAGUGGUGCUGCAUGCUUUGGCUUCUCUGGGAGUGGAACAUGCCCAGAUUGUUCUUUCAUUUGUCUCCAUGUUGAAAGACUUCUGCAAAAAAUAACUUCCUGGGGUGCCUCUGAGAAAAAAUACUGAGCAAUGCUUGUGAGCUCAUCAGAGUUAAAAUAUGUUGGCAUCAUGAUUUUUGAUGCACUUAUUUUUAUAAAUAUGCUAUAGAGGUUCAUUUAACAGCCAUUGUGAAGUGGUACUGCCAUUCAGCUUGUCUGCAGCUUCCCCAGUUGUCAGAGAUUUAUUCAAGAAUGUGAUGGACAAAGAAAUUAAGACUCCUGCCAGACUUCACAUUUUCCUGAUAGCAUCAGAUCUGUUCACAAUUAAUGGCUGUUUGAAGCUAGCAAAGUUCUAGCUUUCCUUAUGCACCUGAGUGUGGAUGGGCUUUUUUAAUCAUUUUGUGCAGUUUGAAUCAAUCUUCUUUGCAAAUUGUGCAAAUUUUCAAUAUUACAGCUGCUUGUAUGAGUAAGAAAUCCUGCAAGAACCUGUGAGUGUUUAAAAUGCACAUUUAACCUGGACACAGUGGAAUGGGAUGAAGCAUCAGGGGAGGGGAGGCAAGAGCUGACAUUGGUACCUCCCUUAACCAGGGAGGCUGAAAAGGAGACAGAGAAGUGUCACCCUGCUGACAAGAAACAGCUCUCUUCAUGUGAAGCUGUUAAACACUGCAGCUUUCCACUGGACCUGCACCUACAUAACAAACCACUGCACUGGGAGGGAGGUUUUCUGAAUGAAUUUGAUCUACUGCACUACCUGAAUGCCCACAAUGAGAUUAUGCCCAUGAAUUACAUGAAUUAGCCUUUGCAGGUUGUUCCUUGUGGUAAGAACCAUACUUGCCAUGGUGCAAUAUCAGAACAUCGACAGAAAUCUACCUCUGUACAGGGAGGGAGUCCAGCAGUGGUGGGAAGAGCUGUGUGUGCUGGAACUGUGAUGGAUGUGUGCUGGGGAAAGGUGGGGGUGUGGUGUGACAUUUCAAACCAGAUUACUUCCAGGAGCAACAUCCACCUCCUUCGGUCUCGUUUGUUCAUCUGUGAUUUCCUCCAAGAGCUCCACCAGAACUGUCAUGUAAUAAAGUGGUCCUGUUCUGUUUGUAUAGGCCUGUUUCUCUGUAUAUAUGGUUUGUAGCUGGAUGCAUGUUUAAAUUAUAUCUCUGCUGCUUUUUGUACAGUGUGCUCAUUUUUUUAUGUGUGAAAUGGUACAAAACCAGUUUGCUUUUCUGAGGAAGUCUGCAGUAAACUGCCCAGGAGCUGCCUUGCUGUUGUGAAAGCAGAGCCCUGGGCUGUGUGUGCAAGGUGAUGGAUGCUCCCAGGCUGGUGGCACUUUGGCCAGUGCCUGCCUCACUGCCUGUGCUGCUGGGGAGCCAGGAAUGGGCUGGGCACUGGGUGAAACAAUCUGCUCUGCUCCCAAGGGGAAUGGCUGGCUCAGUGUCCAAACAACCUGCUUCAGCUGCAUCCAUUUCUUCCAUCUGCUCAAGGGUUUUAACCAAUUGAGGCAGUCACAGUGCAGAGCUGUUGAUUUGUCUGCUGCAGAAUUCUUUUUUAAAGACAAGGAUCUUACUGAGCUUGUAGUGGUGUUAUGGUUUUGCAUAACAAACAUUUCCCUCACUUCCCUGAAUGUCUCCGAUGCAAAACCAUGACAAGUGGCUACACAGAAUGUAUUACCAUUAGUGACCUCAGUAACUGAGAGUUGUCUUUUUGGGUUUCUUUUCUUUGGGUCAGCUUUUGUUUUUUAAGACUUUUGGAGUAAAAUAUUUUAGUUUUUUUAAAGGCCUUUUCUUUAAAGUGCCAGUUUUACAGGAUAGAACUUUCCUUUUUAUCUUUCCCCCUUUACCUGCUUUCAUUGAAAUUUUAACAUAUAUCAGAAAACCUUGUUGCAGCUUCAUAUAUAGUGAAAUACUUGCCUAAGGUUUGAUUCUGGCUUUUGAAUCUGCAGUUGGAAAGUCCAUUAAUGUUGACAAUAUGUAUUUGUAGCCACACUUCUGAAAUUACAGCACUAUUUAAUUCCUUCAUUGGAUUCCCUGAUUCCAUAAUAAUUUCUAUUGCUGUCCCCCAGAGGAGUGCAGAUAUCCAAAUGCAGGAUUAUAGCUGGAUGGUGUUCAGUUACCCAGAUUUUGGUGCUUUGUUUUCCAGUGCAGCGUGGCCAUGAAUUGUGAAUAAAUCUCAGUACUCAAUUC